AUGCAACGAAUUUUUGAAAAGUUUCGGAGUGGAGCGGAAACCCUUGCAACUGAGUUGAAUGCUGAGGUUGAGGUUGUUGUCAAGUACUCAUUCAAAGGAAAACCUGGGGUAUCGCCCGUCCUUCCAAAUGAACGCAACAGGCCCACGAAUACAAUACGUGAGGUGUCGAACAGGAGCUCAGAGAAACGACAUUCAAGGAAACCACUGAGAGAAUCAUCGACAACUUACGUACAAAUCCGGAACCCAGGAAGCCGGUCACCACCAUCCAGCACAGAAACUAGGAUAAAGAUUCGAGUGCCAAAAAGCCAAAAAAGUACUGCACAACCUUCUUCAAGCCAAACGCUACCUGUACGUGUAAACAUGUUGCAAUGA